AUGGACGAUGCGGAGCUGGUAGUUCCGUGGGAGAAACAGCAGCAGCGCCUGCUCAACCCCAAUGACUCUCGUGGCACGUCGCCAGUUCGCAAGAGCUUUUCGUACGCCGGUGUCACAAGCACGGAUGGGGCUAGGAGCGUGGCCGCUGGUCUAGCGGUGGUCUCGGCCGACGCCUCGCUCCUCAUCAACGAGGCGAUGCCACCGAAUGAGUUGACCUCGGUGUCGAGGCAUCCGUCGGCGUCACACAAGACCUGUUCACGCAAGAGCCCGUCCGUGUCCGAUCCGACAGCCGCCAUCUUCCAAGCUGGUGCCAAGAUGAAGUUUAUGCCGUUUUUCGUGAAACAACUAGGUCCUCAGGUCCUGGCUUCUGGCAGUGCUGGUGGAAGUGACUCGAGUUUGGAGGUAACCUGCAGCUACAUAAGCCAAGAAGAAGCCAAACAGAUCGAUGAGGAGCUCUUCACGGAGUACGCUUUCUCGGUGGACCAGUUGAUGGAGUUGGCGGGCUACAGCUGUGCUGUCGCCAUUCAAUCGGCCUACCCACGAGCUGCCAUGAAGUCCUCAGAUGGCGGCGUGUUGAUUUGCUGUGGCCCCGGCAACAACGGCGGCGACGGCCUGGUUUGUGCUCGACAUCUCAAACUAUUUGGCUACAAACCGACCAUCUACUACCCGCGGUCGCCGACUAAACAGCUGUACAAGAAUUUGGUUACGCAAUGCGAGAAGAUGGGAAUAGCCUUCCUCUCGUACAUCCCUUCAGACGUGAAGAUUCUUGAGUCGUCCUACGACCUCAUCGUGGACGCCCUCUUUGGUUUCGGCUUCCGACCCCCUCUGAAGCCGGAUUUCGCCGAGGUGGUCCAGUGCAUCGCUGAUCUGCAAGUUCCCCUGGCUUGCAUCGACGUGCCUUCAGGUUGGGAGGUUGGAGAAAAGACGGAGACAAAGGACAUUCUGCAACCAGACUGUCUGAUUUCACUCACCGCUCCUAAACUUUGUGCUCGACGAUUCAACGGUCGCUUUCACUUCCUCGGUGGUCGAUUCGUUCCACCAAUUUUGGCCGACAAGUACAACCUGUGCCUGCCUCAGUACCCAGACGCGUCUCCUGUUGUGCUGCUCAGUGGUCCCCCACCACCGACUCCCAGCAAGUAG